AUGAAUGGUGUCAUUAAUGUUCCAAUUAUUUGUCUUAUUGGAGCACCAGGUUCUGGUAAAGGUACUCAGGCAAAGAUGAUUGCUCAAAAAUAUAAUAUGACUCACAUUGGUACAGGUGAUUUGUUACGUGCUGAAAUGGCUAAAAAUGGUCCAGGUGCAGGAGAGAUAAAAAAAUUAUUGGAGGUUGGACAACAUGUCCCAAAAAAUUUGGUUGAACAAUUAAUUAAUGAUGUUAUUGUUCGUACAGCAAUGAGUGGUACAAAAGGAUAUAUUAUUGAUGGUUAUCCACGCGAUGUUCCUCAAGGAAGUUCUUUUGAAAAAAGAUUCAAAGCUGUUAAACAAAUUAUUUAUCUUGAAGUUUCUCCACCUGCUUUAGAGAAACGUCUUAAAGGAAGAACUGGUGCUCAAAAAAGAAUUGAUGAUAAUGAUAUUGCAAUUAAGAAACGUAUCAUGCAUUUCAAAGAAUCCGUACUUCCAUUAGUUGAUCAAUAUAAGAAGAAGAAACAGUGUGUUGUUAUUAAUGGAGAAAUGCCAAUAGAUGCUGUAUUUGCUGAAAUUGACAAAUGUUUAGCAGGAAAAUUUGAAUAA